AUUUGUUGAGUAAAAUUUUGAUUUUAAAAAAUAACCUAUAAAACAUAUGUAAAUUAGUAUAAACCAUAUGUAAAUUAUUAUAAACCAUUUUAAAUUAUUAUAAAUCACUUGUAAAUUAUUAUAAUGUAUGGAAUCCGGUUAAUUUGGGGGAUAAUUCUCCUAUUUUGGAGUAUUAUACCCGUAUUAAGUGCCCCUGGAUCCCCUAAAAGAGGAAUAAUGAGCAAAAACCAAAUAAUGAAGAUGUUAGAUGAGUCUGUUAGGAGAAUAAUUGAUCCACCCAUGGAAGAAGAAUCUGAUAAGAAAGCAUUAACGAAGUACAUUUUUCUAACAAAAUCGCUCUCAGUAUGCAUGAGUAGAGGUAAAAUUACCAAAGGUGAACUGGUUUCUUGUAUCAACUCAAGUUUUACUGACCUUGAAAUUGUGCCUCCGCCACAACUAAUUCACUGCGUGGGCGAUUAUCUCAUUUGUACCGGUAAAACUUUCAUUAAAAGGAUGAAAAAAGGCCCAGAAGAUGAACACUUUUUAUCCUGUAUGGGAGAAUGUUUGCCGAAUCUGGUAUUAUGUAUAGUAAGAUCGGAGCCUCAGCCUGAAAGAUAUGAAGAAUUCUAAUUAGAAGAAGGUUAAAUCUAGUAGUGUGUACAAUAUCGAGUUUGUCUAGUGAAAUUAUAAAAUCUGUAAAUUUUUGUAAUUUGAAUUAAAUACCAUUUUCUUA